AGAAUCUUGUAUACAUGUAUAUAUGUAUCUCUGCAAACUACACUUCCAUUUUCCUCUGCUCUCGUCGCUCUCUCGGCUUAACGAAAGAGCACGUGUUUGGCUCUCUCUCUGGUUGCCGGUGUUGCGCAUAUAGCCGAGUCGCCCUUUUUAUUCCGCGCAAGUGGAGAUCGUUUAGUCCGCCAAAUCUUUGUACGCUUAUAACGCGAAGUUUUUCAUCUUGCUCGUGCUUCAAUUAACUCUCAAUCAUGAAUCCAGAGAAGUUGAAGAAGCUCCAAGCACAAGUGCGAAUCGGCGGCAAGGGUACACCCCGCCGUAAAAAGAAGGUUGUACACGCAACUGCAGCUACAGACGAUAAGAAAUUACAGAGCUGUUUAAAAAAACUGUCUGUUAAUACGAUUCCUGGCAUCGAGGAAGUAAAUAUGAUUAAGGAUGAUGGGUGCGUUAUCCACUUCAAUAAUCCUAAAGCACAGGCCAGUCUUUCUGCAAAUACCUUUGCCAUCACUGGUCAUGGUGAAAUUAAACAAAUAACAGAAAUGUUACCUGGUAUUCUAAGUCAGCUUGGUCCAGAAGGUCUAACUCAGCUAAAGCGAUUGGCUAGUUCUGUGGCUGGUAGUGGAGUUAGUAAGGCUGUCCUUGACGAAGACGAUGAAGUGCCUGAUUUGGUAGAAAAUUUUGAUGAGGCUAGCAAAGAAGAGGUUGCAUUAAAGAAAGAAGCUGAUGAAGCUCUUACAGCUGAAGAGAAAAAGGAAGCUAUAAAAGUAAUUGAGGACUCAAAAGAUGCUCCUCUUGCUAAACAAGAUGUUUAAUAACAGUUAUGCGGAAUUUUAAAGGCGACAGACUCUUGUCAAUGAGGUAGGAGAUUUACAGUAAUUGAAGGAUUACUUAUAAUCUACAAAAUAUCCACAUUUACAUUGACAUUACAAAUGUUGAGACACAAAUGAGAUAACUUAACACGCUAUAUUACGAAAAAUAAUGGUUAUAAUGCAAAUGUGGAAAUCAAAAUUUUGAUGGAUGACAUUUCUAU